AGCUCCAGCCCCAGCACUCCCAGGUGUCCACUCAGUGAGUGCACUCAACACAGACGCUCACCAUGGGGACUGGGCUGCGCUGGCUUCUCCUGGUCGCUGUGCUCAAAGGUGUCCAGUGUCAGGAGCAGCUGGAGGAGUCCGGAGGAGGCCUGGUCAAGCCUGGGGGAUCCCUGGAACUCUGCUGCAAAGCCUCUGGAUUCACCCUCAGUAGCAGCUACUGGAUAUGCUGGGUCCGCCAGGCUCCAGGGAAGGGGCUGGAGUGGAUCGGAUGCAUUUAUGCUGGUAGUAGUGGUAGCACUUACUACGCGAGCUGGGUGAAUGGCCGAUUCACUCUCUCCAGAGACAUCGACCAGAGCACAGGUUGCCUACAACUGAACAGUCCGAUAGCCGCGGACACGGCCAUGUAUUACUGUGGGAGAGACACAGUGAGGGGUCCUGGGACCCUCCUGGGGGUCUCACUGCCAGAACUCCGAGGGGAAAUUCCCUGGACAUCAGAAGUCAAGGUCAUAACUGAAUGGAAAGUAUACAACAUUUCCUUAACUGCUGUCACCAUGCUGUACAGCAGAUCCCUCAACGUGUGGAUCCUGCCGGCCUGA